GUCACCAUUCUAUCUCAAGGGCCAGUACACCUCAGUGCUGCGUGUUGGGGUUUAUAAGGUGAAAAAUGGGUGACGCUGCCAUGAAAGAGUUUGGGGCAGCUGCCCCGUACCUGAGGAAGUCAGACAAGGAGCGCCUGGAGGCCCAGACUCGUCCGUUCGACAUGAAAAGGGAAUGUUUUGUUCCUGAUUCAGACGAGGAGUACGUGAAGGCUUCGAUCGUCAGCCGUGAGGGGGAUAAAGUCACUGCUCAGACGGCGAAAGGGAAGACCGUCACUGUGAAGGAGUGUGAUGUGCACCCUCAGAACCCACCUAAGUUUGAUAAAAUUGAAGACAUGGCCAUGUUCACCUUCCUUCAUGAGCCAGCUGUGCUGUUUAACCUCAAAGAGCGUUACGCAGCAUGGAUGAUCUAUACCUACUCUGGGCUGUUCUGUGUGACUGUCAACCCCUACAAGUGGCUGCCGGUCUACAACCAGGAGGUGGUCAUCGCCUACAGAGGAAAGAAGAGGAGUGAAGCUCCUCCUCACAUCUUCUCCAUCUCUGAUAAUGCCUACCAGUACAUGCUAACAGACAGAGAAAAUCAGUCAAUUCUCAUCACUGGUGAAUCUGGUGCUGGGAAAACAGUCAACACCAAGAGAGUUAUUCAGUACUUUGCCAGCAUUGCAGCUGGAGGUGGAAAAAAGGAAGGAAGCUCUGAGAAAAAAGGCACUCUGGAGGAUCAAAUCAUCCAGUGUAACCCAGCACUGGAAGCCUUUGGCAAUGCAAAAACCAUCAGGAAUGACAAUUCUUCCAGAUUUGGUAAAUUCAUCCGUAUUCAUUUUGCAGCCAGUGGGAAAUUGGCUUCAGCUGAUAUCGAAACAUAUCUGUUAGAAAAAUCCCGGGUCACCUUUCAGCUCAAGGCUGAGAGAGAUUAUCACAUCUUCUAUCAGAUUCUCUCCCAGAGGAAACCUGAGCUGCUUGAGAUGCUGCUCAUCACCAACAACCCCUACGACUACGCCUUCAUCUCCCAAGGAGAGACGACUGUAGCCUCCAUUAAUGAUGCUGAAGAGCUGCUCGCCACUGAUGAAGCUUUUGAUGUUUUGGGCUUUACUCAAGAGGAGAAGAACGGCAUUUACAAACUGAUUGGUGCCGUCAUGCACUACGGUAACAUGAAGUUCAAGAACAAGCAGCGUGAAGAGCAGGCUGAGGCAGAUGGUACCGAAGAUGCCGACAAAGUUGCUUAUCUGAUGGGCCUGAACUCUGCUGACCUCAUCAAAGGUCUCUGUCACCCGAGAGUUAAAGUUGGAAACGAGUGGGUCACCAAGGGACAAAAUGUUCAACAGGUGUACUAYGCUGUCGGUGCACUGUCUAAGGCAGUGUAUGAGAGGAUGUUUCUGUGGAUGGUGGUGAGGAUCAAUCAGUCCUUGGACACAAAGCAGCCGCGCCAGUACUUCAUUGGAGUGUUGGAUAUUGCUGGUUUUGAGAUCUUUGAUUUCAACACUUUUGAGCAGCUGUGCAUCAACUUCACCAAUGAAAAACUGCAACAGUUCUUCAAUCACCACAUGUUUGUGCUGGAGCAGGAAGAGUACAAGAAAGAGGGAAUUGAAUGGACUUUUAUUGACUUUGGUAUGGAUCUGCAGGCCUGUAUUGACCUGAUUGAAAAGGUGGGAUACUGAA